CCUCACAUGUCAGGCUAAGGUGACUUUACAACAGUUUUUUUCCCCCACUUUUGCGCACAAUGUCGGAGCGCCACCAAUAUGUAGGCUACCUCGACACACGGAUGACCCACUGGACCGCCCGGAGAUGUCUGACCACAGAGGCAAACUGUCGGACAGCAUCCGAUGAGGACGAGCAUCGCUUGAGGUCAGUGAAGGCACGGUCGUCUUUGGCCAUGUUUCCUAUUUUCCUGAAAGCUUCCAACGAGCUCUGAGCUGAUCGCUCUGGCCAACACACAGGGAGACCGGUGAUAAUCGAUACAGCCAAACAGCCUGGAUUGAUUUCUUUCAAUUUGAUUGUAUCGCAAUGUCAUAAUGGAGAGGUUGCAGUCCUCCAUGCGUAAAAGGCUCUACAGUUUGCCACAGCACAUUGGACACAAAGCGUCCAUCAUGGGGGAAGGAGAAGAUGGAGACAAGGACACCCGAAGGAAGAGCAUCAGGAUGAAGCCUCUGCCGUCCCCGUCGCCGACCUCUGGGGGAAGCUGCAGAGGCAUCGGGGAAACCAAAAGUGGGGAAUCGGUCAUCAUGGAGACGGACAUUGGGAGACAAUCGAAGACGAGCUCGAACGGAGAUUGCCGUCGGUUUCGUGGGAGCCUCUCCUCCAUCACAAGUCGGCAUGUGCACGACUCGGAGUCCGCGGAGGAGAGGCGACUCAUCACCGAGGCGGGGGACGUCACCCCGAGCGAGGAGAGCCCCCCCGGAGCGGUCGGUGGCGGGCCGGAGCAAGUUGCGCAAGGAGCCAGUGGGAGCCAAGAUGGUUCCCCGGAUCAACAAUCAGGGUUCAUAAAGUUAGAUGGCAGUGAUCAGAUUUCGCCGGACGAUGAGACGUUAUAUCAAGCAGGUUUCAUGCACAGACAAUUUGGAGCAAUGCUUCAACCAGGGGUCAAUAAGUUCUCCCUUCGGAUGUUUGGGAGUGAAAAGGCUGUAGAAAGGGAACAAGAGCGGGUUAAAUCCGCUGGAUUUUGGAUAAUUCACCCAUACAGUGAUUUCAGGUUCUACUGGGACCUGACCAUGCUGCUGCUGAUGGUGGGCAACCUGAUCAUCAUCCCCGUGGGCAUCACCUUCUUCAAGGACGAGCACACGCCCCCCUGGAUCGUCUUCAACGUGGUGUCGGACACCUUCUUCCUCCUGGACCUGGUGCUCAACUUCCGCACGGGCAUCGUGAAGGAGGACAACACGGAGAUCAUCCUGGACCCGCAGCACAUCAAGAUCAAGUAUCUGAAGAGCUGGUUCGUGGUGGACUUCGUCUCCUCCAUCCCCGUAGACUACAUCUUCCUCAUCGUGGAGACGCGCAUCGACUCGGACUUCUACAAGACGGCCCGGGCGCUGCGCAUCGUCCGCUUCACCAAGAUCCUCAGCCUGCUGCGCCUGCUGAGGCUCUCCAGGCUCAUCCGCUACAUCCACCAGUGGGAGGAGAUCUUCCACAUGACCUACGACCUGGCCAGCGCCAUGGUGAGGAUAGUCAACCUGAUCGGGAUGAUGCUGCUGCUGUGCCACUGGGACGGCUGUCUCCAGUUCCUGGUGCCCAUGCUGCAGGACUUCCCCCCCGACUGCUGGGUGUCCAAGAACAAAAUGGUGAACGACACCUGGGGCCAGCAGUACUCGUACGCCCUGUUCAAAGCCAUGAGCCACAUGCUGUGCAUCGGCUACGGCAUGCACCCCCCGGUGGGCAUGACGGACGUGUGGCUGACCAUCCUCAGCAUGAUCGUGGGCGCCACCUGCUACGCCAUGUUCGUGGGCCACGCCACCGCGCUCAUCCAGUCCCUCGACUCGUCCCGGCGCCAGUACCAGGAGAAGUACAAGCAGGUGGAGCAGUACAUGUCCUUCCACAAGCUGCCGGCGGACAUGCGCCAGCGGAUCCACGACUACUACGAGCACCGCUACCAGGGCAAGAUGUUCGACGAGGACAGCAUCCUGGGGGAGCUCAACGAGCCACUGAGAGAGGAGAUCAUCAACUUCAACUGCCGUAAGCUGGUGGCGUCCAUGCCUCUGUUUGCCAACGCCGACCCCAACUUCGUGACCUCCAUGCUGACCAAGCUGCGGUUCGAGGUGUUCCAGCCGGGCGACUACAUCAUCCGGGAGGGCACCAUCGGCAAGAAGAUGUACUUCAUCCAGCACGGCGUGGUCGGCGUGCUGACCAAGGGCAACAAGGAGACCAAGCUCUCCGACGGCUCCUACUUCGGGGAGAUCUGUCUGCUGACUCGCGGGCGGCGGACGGCCAGCGUGCGGGCGGACACCUACUGCCGGCUGUACUCACUGUCGGUGGACCACUUCAACGAGGUGCUGGAGGAGUACCCCAUGAUGAGGAGGGCCUUCGAGACCGUGGCCCUGGACCGGCUCGACCGCAUCGGCAAGAAGAACUCCAUCCUGCAGCACAAGGUGCAGCACGACCUGAGCUCGGGCGCCAUGAACUACCAGGAGAACGAGAUCAUCCAGCAGAUCGUGCAGCACGACCGGGACAUGGCCACCUGCGCCCACCUGCUGCAGAACCUCCCCCCCCAGCCGCCGCCGUCGCCGCCCCCGGUCAUCUGGGCGCCCCUCGUCCAGGCGCCUCUCCGGGCCGCCGCCGCCACCACCUCCGUGGCCAUCGCCAUGACGCACCACCCCCACUUCCCCCCGACGGUCUUCAGGCCCCCGGUGUCCCUCCUGGGCCCCCUCAAAGACCCCCCCUGUCGGCUGAAGAAGUUCCGCGCGUCGGCGACCUCUUCCAACGCGCCCGGGUCGGCCGGCGACUCCCCCGCGGGGACUCCCUCGAAGCUGCACGGGGGGGCCGACAUGUCGCUGCUCGCCGCCUUCCGAGCCCACCACAUCGCCUCCGGGUCGGGGGCGGGGGGGGGCUCCAGCCAGCAGGCCUCCGCCGGUGGUGGUCCUCGUGGGACUGGCUGUACUGGGGGCAGGGGUCCCGGUCCCGGUCCCGGUCCCGGUCCUGGUCCCGGUCCCGGGGCCAAGGCGGGCUCCGGUGGUGCCGGGGCGUCGGCGUUCCCCUUCGGACCCCCCCGCUCCUCCUCCGGUUCCCCGACCUCUAGCCUGGCCCAGCUGCACCACCCCCCCCCCCAGCACCACCUACCGCUCCGCUCCAGCACCCCACCCCUGUCCACCCUCUUCCACCAGGGGGCGAUGGGCGGGAGCACGGGGUCGGGGCUGGGCGGGGGAGCGGGCGGGGGGGGUGGCGGGGCCUGCGGUGGAGCGAGCAGCUGGUGCACGGGCGGCGGGGGCAGAGGUUCUGCCGAAGGGUCGGUCAGCGUUGAGAUCGAGAUAGAACCGGCCCUGGCGACGGAUGACUUUACAGAGAUCGGCGGGCGUUUUGAGGGGGCCACCGGCGGCCAUUUUACAAUGGGUGGAGCUACCGGGGAAUCGGUGGGAGGGGUUAGUGGAGGCUUGAUGACCGGCGCCGCUAGGGGAACAACUAUGGGAUCGAUGGGCGGAGCUUUUGGGGAAUUGAUAGCAACGCCGGAUGGAUUUAAAGGCGGGACUAUAAUGGGCGGGUGUUCAGGAGGCGCCUCGGGAGGAAGUGCUGAAAGGCAUAAACGGGGUUCAAUAGGAGGUACUUAUACAGGGGGAGGGGCAUCCGGGCACACAGGGGGGACGUCAGGGGGAAUGGCAGCCGGAGCGUUAGGCUCUCCCGGCUGCCAGAGUAACAUCAGUCCCAUCUCCACCGGGUCGACCAGCUCCAUGCCCGGCCAGCUCCCUCAGGUGGGGUCGCUGCAGCAGUUCUCCGCGGGAGUUCGAACUGCUGGCGGACUGAACCUCUUCCACUCCCCUCCGCAAGGAUCCCCGGCCUCCAGUAAGGGCCAGCCCGUCCAGCAGCAGCCUCUGGAGGGCUCCCCGUCGUCAGCGGGCCUGGUCAGCCUGGCCGUCCUGCGGUCCGCCCUGCUGCCCCACCAGCUGUCCCUGGAGAGGUCCGCUCUGGCCUCCCUGGCCCAGUACGGCUCGGCCAACGCCUCGCCCUGUCUGACGCCGCUGGCCCCCAGCCCCACCGUCCAGAGCCCGGUGGCCGGUCGGACGUUCCACUACAGCGUCCCCUCCAGCGCUGCCGGCUCCCGGAGCUCGCUGCUCAUGCCCCAGCCCUCCUUCCCGCCCCAGACGCACACGGGCCCCGGGAGGGAGACGACGGGCCGCUUCUCGGAGGACCUCAGACUCUUGUCCUGCUCCCGCACGUCCCUGCCCGAGGAGGUGGCUCAGGCCCUGGGACACCCGCUGCCCCGCAGUAGCAUCCAGCUGGACACGGGUUACUACCCUUCGCCCUUCUCCUCACCCACCCUCGUGCCAAAGCCCCGCAGCCCGAUCCCGGGGCACAUAACUCCUCCCUUCCAGGUGUCACCAGGCCCCCCGCACCAGACUCUGGCGCCGCCGUCGUCGUCGUCGUCGGGCCCCGGGCAGCCCCCCUCCCGGAGGGGCUCGGAGCUGGAGCCGCCGCAGACUGUGCGCGCCAAACUCCCGUCCAACUUGUGAGGUUGGAUCGCACCCUCCUGCUCUCCUCCUGAGGACUGACUCAGCGGCGGAGCGUCUCUCUGCGCUGUUUGUUACUCGCUCUAGAUCCGGCCUUUGCUGCUGUGUUCCAUCUCCUUUUGUUCCUCCCCUGAGAUUUCACUUGACUGUGAUAUAAGAUUACUGACUCUUUUUCGGGUGUUUCAGAGCUCCUUGUUUUGUGUUAUGCUUCACUUUUCCUUUUUUUAAAUCUUUCACUCGAUAGAUAUAUUUCAAUAUAUAUGUUUAGCAAAGAGACUAGGGGGGUGUGCAAUUGAAUCUAUUUCCUUUAUUUCUAUGACUAUGCCAAAUUCAUCUGCUGAGGUUUAGGCAAUGCUUCGUUGAACACAAUAAUACAUUUUUCUGCGGGAACCUAUGCACUAAUACCUGCAUGUAUAGAGGCUUUUUGUGUCCCAAGAAAAAAUACAACUCUAAACUUUUUAGCUCAAAAGACACGCUUCAAUACUAGCAGGCUCUUUUACCUACCUAUGUGGGAUGACAUAUUGUCCAUCCUCAAGCGUAUCUAUUAGAUUGUACUAUUUAUCCUCUGUGUGACCUUUGCAAAACCUACUUGGUGUUGGAGAUGAGAUUUUAGGGAACCAAAAGAGACUUUUCCUAUGUGGUAAUCAAUUUGCCUUUUCUUGGCUUGUAUGUCCAUGUUUUUAUACCACUGUAGUAAAACUGUAUCCUGGAGGGUUUGUUUUGAAAAAAAAAGGCCUAAGUCCUUGUCGAUAUUGAGACACACCAACGCGUUAACGGCUGGCUUAUCCUUAACUACGUCCUUACAAGCUCACUUUGUCUUCCAAGUUAAAGCCGCAAAAAACUAAAAAAGGAAAGUGCUGUUGUAUGUGAGGGAGAGGGUGAUGCUUGCAGUGUGAUACCGAUCUCUCUAUGGGUGUGAGGGGGGCAGAAAAUAUCUCUGUUUCUGACAGUGUGCGUGCGCCCGGAGUUGCUCGCCAGCAGAAGUGUGUGAGAGUGUGACCAUGUUGGCGCAGCCUGAUGCAAGACAGCAUCCUGCCCUGACUGAUCAAAAGAAGUUCUUGGUUCAACAAAUACUAGCACUUCCACACAUCCCAGCUUGUGUGUGGUCAUCUAUUUGCCAGACAUAAAAUCCAUAUAUCUUAAGAUACAAUCUUUAAAACGAAUGGCAUCCACAGAAUUUGUUCUGUAAAUGGUCGGAAAACAAAAAUAACUCUCCCCAUUUACUGCAUAGCAUACUCAUUAUAACAGCUCUUUCAAGGGCAGGGAUACAUCAACCCAACGGAAUGCCACUGGAACGUACGGGAGCUCGGGAAUGCAGGAUGUAUGCAACACGUCUAUGGCUGCUAGAGUGGACUCUCAGGGGCUGGGAGGCCCCCAUCAUGAAGACUGAUGGUCAGCCAGGCUUUCUGACCACGCUUGGUUGCUGCAUUAGAAACAACACACGCACACAAAUCGUGUAAGCAGGCCUUCCGCAGUAAUUCACAACAUUCAAACCACUGUAAAUAACGACGGAUAAAUAGCUCCAAACAUUUCUACAUUAUAAUUGCCAGCAAUGGUUUCCGCACCCUCUCAAGGUGACUAGCGAAGACAAGACGACGAUGAAUCACCGAACCCAGCGACUCCCCAGCCAAACGUGGCCAUUAGUGAAAUAAGCUCUCUUUAGGUACGUGGGCCCGGGGAGCGAGAGCCCGGCGCGGGGGAGCAUCUGUACUUAGCGGCGGUGUGCCUGGGAGAGACCCGGGUCUCGCUCACCCAGCUGGGGCCCUACCUCAGACACAGAGACACAGCCCUCAGCGGCGGCGGCCUAAUUGAAGCAGACAAGCCUGGAUCUCCCAGGCCCGCACAGGUCACCGCGGCCCGGCUCGGCAGAGGUGUGCCGGGGACGCUCUCCGUCCUCAUUAGGGUCUCCGUCAUCCCCACCCCCACCCCGUAGCGACAAGUAUGCACGGUCGCACCCACGCAAACAUCGCAGAGAUGUAUCUCUAAAGCAAAAACAAUCACACGUGCAUGGUGGAUGCUCUCCUAAGGAAACCGAUCAUUGGUCUCAUCCCCCAGCCAUCCGAGGGGUCUCUUCUCAACGACACAUUCCCCUUGAUUGAAAACCUGGUCAUAACAGUGCGAGCGAUCGAUGGCACCGCGACACGGCAUCGCUGCUGCGUCUCUAUUUAGAUACGUCAGGGGAAAUAUAAAAGAGGGGUCGUUUGUUGUCCUCGUUUGUUUUGAUUAAAUUGAAGAUUGCGUAUUUGCUUGCGUUCAUCUGUUCAUGUUUUUAUUUAUCAUCUGUACGUUUUAUAUUAGCGAGGCUAUUAUCGUUCCAUAUAGGCAAACAUCCCAAGCCCUUUUUCAAAGCCAUUCAUCCGUAGAAGAAUUUGACAAAAGCAGCCUGAGCUUGAAUGGGGGAGAGACAGGUAAAAGGAUCUCAAAGUGAGGCGGAGGAGCAACAUCUGCAUAAGGCCAGAUGCUCGGCGAAGGAACAGCAAUGGGUCAGUGCCUUGGUUAAGGGCAUUUUAUCAGUCUUAUUUUUAUUUUCUUCAAAUCCGGUAGAGCAUUGUCAGGGCUUUCCAUCCAGGUGUAUCCACAUUGGUUCAAAACAUAUGCAAGCAAUGGUUUUAUACAAGUAUUCCUUUACUGAGGAGACAAUAACGUGCAAAAAACACAUUACAUUGUAAACCCACUACACAUCCCCUAUUCAUACCCACCUCUCUGUCUGUCGCGGUCUCUCUGUCUCUCUCUCUCUCUCUCUCUCUCUCUGUCGGUCUCUCUGUCUUU